AAGUGGACACGGAAGGCCAGAGAAGGACUCGAAGGAAAAGGGCGGAGGAGAGGGAGCUACCGGGGGGAUUGAGAAAAUCAUGAACCAUCGUGAUUUUUUGCAUCAGGACAAUUUAAUAUAUGUAACUCUAAUAUCGCAUGACUUUAAAGACACUUGGAAGCUACUUCGUCUGUGGUGAACGGCAUAUGGCCACACGGUGGAGGCCUGUUUGAGUCAGACCGAAGCUCCAGGAGAAAGGCAGCAAAGCCCCCGUCCUUCAGAAGAGUUAGUCUGACGGGGUCAGGUGGGCGGGAGGGUGACUAGGAGUUGCGGGGGCCAUGCAUCAAGGGUGAGGGGGACUCACUUCUGGGGGACACACACACACACUAAUACAACGUUGGGUGAGGAGGAGAGUGGUCGGGGCCGGUCGGUGUGGAGAUGAAGCUCAAACAGCGCAUGGUGGUGCUGUGUGCCGUGCUCCUCCUGCUGGGCCUGGCCAAGAUUUUCCUGCUGGAUGGAGGCGAGGGCUCCGCUGCCAGCAGACGGGACCUCAGAGCGUUUCGCAAGAUGGAGGCCGGCCUCUCUCUGUCCCGGGGAGCUCGCCUUACCCACACCCUCCAGUCUCCGUGGGAGAUAGCCAGCCAGUGGGUGGGCCCGAGAGAGGUGUACCCUGAGGAGACCCCAGAGCUGGCUGCGGUGCUCACCUCCCUCAGUACAGCCAGGAUAGAACGGGCCGAUGUGGGCUAUAAGGGCACUCAGCUCAAAGCCCUGCUGGUGCUGGACGGGGGUCAGAAAGUGGUCUUCAAACCCAAGAGAUAUAACCGAGACUACGUGGUGGAAGGCGAGCCAUACGCAGGCUACGACAGACACAAUGCAGAGGUGGCUGCUUUUCACCUGGACAGGAUCCUGGGGUUCAGGAGAGCACCUCUAGUUGUAGGGCGAUACGUCAACCUGCGAACAGAGAUUAAGCCUGUGGCCACAGACCAGCUGCUGAGCACCUUCCUAAUGCAGGGUAAUAAUACGUGUUUCUAUGGAAAGUGUUAUUACUGUCGGGAGAGCGAGCCAGCGUGUGCAGAGGGGGAUUUAAUGGAGGGAUCAUUAACUCUCUGGCUGCCGGACGUGUGGCCACUGCAGAAACACAGACACCCCUGGGGACGCACAUACAGAGAGGGGAAACUGGCCAGGUGGGAGUACGAUGAGAGUUACUGUGAGGCGGUGAAGAAAAUGCCUCCAUACGAUGCAGGACCAAGGCUGCUGGACGUCAUCGACACAGCCAUAUUUGAUUAUCUCAUUGGGAACGCUGAUCGGCAUCACUAUGAGAGUUUCCAGGAUGAUGGCGGUGCCAGCAUGCUCAUCCUGCUCGACAACGCUAAGAGCUUCGGGAACGCAGCUCUGGAUGAGCGAAGUAUCCUAGCACCACUCUAUCAGUGCUGCAUGGUUCGUGUGUCCACAUGGAACAGGUUAAACCUGCUGAGAGGCGGAGCUCUGAGUUCAGCUAUGCGGCAGGCUCUGGCAUUCGACCCUAUCCACCCGAUCCUGGCUGAGACACACCUCACAGCCCUCGACAGGCGUCUGUCUGGAGUCAUUGCAACUGUCAAGCAGUGUAUGGAGGCACAGGGCCCUGACAACACUCUAAUAGAGGACCGAAUGAAUCUCCCACAUCCCUAGAAAUACGGGACAGGAGAAAACAGGAACAGCCGGGACUCAACCUCCUGAGCCAGGGACAGAGGAGAGGGAUAUGGCAGGAGGUGACAGAUCAAAUGGAAGAGCCCUGGUGUUAAAUCAAAAGAUGCAUAGUGAGUAAAUUGAUCGACAGAGUGGAUGAAAGACUGUGUACCGCCCACCCUUUUCUUGGUUGUCACUCCAAUAAGACUGGAGUGAUUCUCUAAAAGGAAUCACUGGAUUCAAAGUGUUGUCACCUUCAGCUAUAUAAACGUUUUCUCAGGACUGUUGUACACUAUAGGACAGAAUCUGCUGUAAGGACCCCUCCAUCUACUACUACUGGCUGUGAUGACACUUUUGCCUUGUGCCAAAUUCUCCCUCCCAGUGAAGCUUUCCCUUAGGAGUCAAUUACGGAGGAAGAAUCGGAGCUCGGAGAGACACUCAAAAAGAGCAGGAGGUGAAAAUGAGCCACCGACGCCUCGAUGAAAGACCCUGUGCAGCCAUGUUUCAGGCUGGAGCUGGAGCUUACAGUCCAAGAAACUGCAAUGUAGAUUCCUGUUGAACUGACAGGAAAUUAAAUCACUUUAGAACUGAAAAUGUUUUUGUUCCCCCCCCCCCCCCCCCUUGACCUGAAAUUGAACUUUGGAGAUCAGCCCUACCCCAUCAUUGUGUACAUAUUUGAAGAAAUAGUGACAUAGAAUUAUGGGACGAAAGAAUAUAAAUUUGUGGAUUACAAUAUUAAAUAAACUUAAGGGUACGUGCGGGCGUGCGUAAGUGUGGGGGUGUGUAUCUGUGUGUAUGGAGGAGUGCCAUAUUGUGCCGUUAAUAAACAAAGCUACUGACAUGUCAGACUUGAAGUGAGGGGACACAAAGGUUGGGUGUGUGUAUUCAUCUUCAGCAUUAAACUGAACUAUUUAAAUGUG